CAGAAAGCCUUCUGCCCCCCGGAGAUGCUUCCCAAAGGGAUGGAUGCCCCCUUCCCAACCAAAGGUCCUGCAGAUGCACAAAGGCUGUUCGGGUCCUCAUGGAUUUUGCCUCCGCGGUUGGAAUUUUUGCUAUCUGCCUGGACUUACUCUUUCCAUCACACCCUUGUGAUGAAAAGAAGAUGGGCAGCACCUUAAGAGAGGCUGGUCUGAGAAGGAAGACAGAUGGGUUCCAUGCCAGAAGCUGCAGCGACAAUGGAAAGGGAUGGGGUUAACCUACCCUUGCCCCAUUCCUAGGCUGAGAUGCUCUGAGGCUGCUGUAAAUCUCACAAGAAAUGCAGCAACCCCAUGACUGGGCUGAGCCCCAGGAGACAGCCCCUCCUCUCCUCUCAUCUUCCUUGUGCUGAGGUUUGCAAAGAGAACAUCAGCAAGAUCUCCAUCUCUCUGAGACCACCAGAUGCAACCUCUUGGCCAUGUGCUGGAAACAGAUCUGUGCAGCUGCACUGUGAAGGUCAUUUCUCCUGCAGUCACUAGCUACAGAGGCUGAAUGGGGAGCAACCAGUGCACGUGACAAGAAUGGUGUGAGGCACCAAGUACCAAAGUAUUCGGGGUGAAGACUGAGCAAAGCAAACCUAAGGAAGCAGGAACAGAGCCUCCUGAAGGGAUGGGACCAGCCCACUCGCUCGACGCACAAGUCAGGACUCGUAGGGACUCAAACCCUGCAAAAGAAGGGCCACGCUGCCCGGCUGCAGCGUUUGCUUUUCCAACGAAACGCUGCGAAAGGUACCGUGCUGCAACGGGAGAAUCAACUCCCUGAAACCCGAGGGCAUUUUUUCUUUGUCUGCUCGGUGGUUUCCUUGGCUGCUUUGGGGAGGGUUUUCUAACAGUAAAACCACUGCAGAAUCCUGCCCAACUGCGGCUUGAAAUUCAGCACGUUCGGCCCUGAGGGCUGCCUGGGCCUCCCCCAUUCUUUCAGUGGGAAGCGCGGGAAGCGGGGCCCCUGCCUUUGUCCUGCAUGGUGACGGUUCCAGGCUGCAGCGCUCCCACCCUGCUACCAAACCUCCACCUGCAGAAGGAAACCACGGGGCCUGCCCCUGCCCCGAGCACUCAGCCCUCCAGGAAACCAGGAACGAACCUGCUGGCAACUGGGGGCUCUCUGCUUUCAGUGGGUUUAAAUCUUGAUAAAAAAAUAACCUCCCUUCUGCCCCAUGCUUCCCACCCCCCUCUCCCAACUCUUUACAUUUUCCCGGCGCUGCCGAGUCCGUUUUCCUGCUGGAUUUUGCAACCUUCUGGCAAGACUGGGCAAGCUCUGCCCAUUGCACCGCGCAGUGCUGGCAGCUGCCCGUCCUGCCUUCUGCUGCCACAGACCCCCCGCCCCAACCUUCCCCCCACUCGCAGAGCAGCACGGUGAUCAAUCCACGCGGUGGUGUACAAAGCUUUUGUUUUUUUUUUUUUUUUCCUUUUCCAAAGUAAUCCGUAUUUUGGAUCACCCCGAUCGGAGCAGAUUAGCACCUUGGAGCAUGCCUUUGCCUGGGCACGAUAAAGACCUCCUGUGGCUUUUCUGCAGGAGAUGCCACAACCAAGCUUUAGAAAACGGGGGCUCCUGGACCCCGUGCCGCUUCCCCCCUCCCUCCUCCUUUUUCUUUUCUUUUUUUUUAAGCAAACAGCUUAAAGCUCAGCACCAGUCACCAGCUGAUAUGCACCUCCAGCUGCUCCGGCAUUGCAUGAAAGCUGUCUGUCCUCUUCAUCCACUUCCUAAAACACCAGCCUGCAGAGGGGCUGUGUUGUCCUUUUGGAGGGGUUUUUGUCCUCUUGGCCAGGUUCUGUCCCCUUGGCCAGGCUCUGUCCUUCUUUUUGUCCUUUUGGCCACAUUCUGCCCCCUUCAGAGGGUUUCGUCCCCUUCGCAGGGUUCUGUCCCCAUGCUGGGGUUCUGUCCCGGCAGUCACGUUUCAUCCCUCGGUCGUCUCCCCCACAGUGCUGCUCCAAGCCUCCGUUGGCUGACCUUGCACAGCUGUAGCCUCACCUUUGGCCUCUCUCAAAUGCACUUGCACAGGGUCCUGCCCUGUUCACCCCUAGGUUUGCCCCCCAGCAGCAGUCAGACCCCCAGGCACGGAGGAGAGCUGGGGGGCUGCCCCAGCUCCGUGGGCUCUCGGCCGCCCGCGGCGUCUCGCCCCGCUCAGAGCAUCUCCAGCCCGGCCAUGGGGCUCAGGGGUUUGGGAGCAGUGCCCUACCCCUGCUCCAUGCUGCCCUAUGGCCGGGGAUAG